UCUCCUUCCACUAAAACUCUCUGCAACCUUUCAACUAGAGCAAAUCUUCAUCCUCUGAAAUGGAAACCGCCACCGGAAAAGUGAAGAAGGGUUUCGGAGGAAGAAAAGCCGGUGGCCCAAAGACCAAAUCUGUCUCGAAAUCGAUCAAAGCCGGUCUCCAAUUCCCUGUCGGAAGAAUCACUCGUUUUCUGAAGAAGGGUCGUUACGCUCAGAGACUCGGUGGUGGAGCUCCGGUUUACAUGGCCGCCGUUCUCGAAUACCUCGCCGCUGAAGUUUUGGAGCUUGCGGGUAACGCUGCGAGAGACAACAAGAAGUCUAGGAUCAUCCCGAGGCAUCUUCUUUUGGCGAUUAGGAACGAUGAAGAGUUGGGAAAGCUUCUGAGUGGAGUCACGAUUGCUCACGGUGGUGUGUUGCCGAACAUUCACUCUGUUCUUUUGCCUAAGAAGUCUGCUAAAUCUACUGAGGAAGUUGCGUCUAAGUCACCAGCCAAGUCUCCAAAGAAAGCUUAAAUGUUCUCGAUGUUGGUUUCAUUCACCGGUUUAGUUAUGUGUUUGGUACUUUUGUGUUGCGAUUUGGUGAAUGUAUUGUGUAGAAAAAUCUAGUUUUUUUUUUUUUUUUAAUUAUGUAAUUUGGAUUUGAAUUCUCUUCAGAUCCGAAUUUAUCUAAGUGAACGACUUAUAAUAUAUUUGCAAUUUGCG